AUGGGGAACCGCAGCGCCGCGGACGCGGACGGGCUGCUGGCUGGGCGCGGGCCCGGCACGGGCGGCGGCGCGGGGGGCCCCGGGGCGGCGGCGGCGCUGGCGGGGGGCGUGCUGCUCAUCGGCGCGGUGCUCGCAGGGAACUCGCUCGUGUGCGUGAGCGUGGCGGCCGAGCGCGCCCUGCAGACGCCCACCAACUACUUCAUCGUGAGCCUGGCGGCCGCCGACCUCCUGCUCGCCCUGCUCGUGCUGCCUCUCUUCGUCUACUCCGAGGUCCAGGGCGGCGUGUGGCUGCUGAGCCCGGGCCUCUGCGACACGCUCAUGGCCAUGGACGUCAUGCUGUGCACGGCCUCCAUCUUCAACUUGUGCGCCAUCAGCGUGGACAGGUUCGUGGCGGUGGCCGUGCCGCUGCGCUACAACCGCCAAAGCCGCGGCGGCAGGCAGCUGCUGCUCAUCGGCGCCACGUGGCUGCUGUCGGCAGCGGUGGCGGCACCCGUGUUGUGCGGCCUCAACGACGCGCGCAGCCGCGAUCCCUCCGUGUGCCGCCUGGAGGACCGCGACUACGUGGUCUACUCGUCCGUGUGCUCCUUCUUCCUGCCCUGCCCGCUCAUGCUGCUGCUCUACUGGGCCACGUUCCGGGGCCUUCGGCGCUGGGAGGCAGCCCGCCGCGCCAAGCUGCACGGCCGUGCGCCCCGCCGCCCCAGCGGCCCCGGCCCGCCGCCCCCCGACGGCAUCCCGGCCCCCGAUGCCGCCGUGCCCCCGGACGCCAUCCCGGCCCCAGACUGCAUCCCGGCCCCCGACGCCACCCCGCCCCCCGACGGCAUCCCGGCCCCCGAUGCCGCCGUGGCCCCGGACGCCAUCCCGGCCCCAGACUGCAUCCCGGCCCCCGACGCCACCCCGCCCCCCGACGGCAUCCCAGCCCCCGAUGCCGCCGUGCCCCCCGACGCCACCCCAGCCUCGGAUGCCGUCGUGCCCUCGGACGCCAUGCCGGCCGAACCCCCGCUGCGGGCCCGCAGGAGGAGACGCGCCAAGAUCACGGGCCGGGAGCGCAAAGCUAUGAGAGUCCUGCCUGUGGUGGUCGGGGCCUUUCUGCUGUGCUGGACGCCCUUCUUUGUCGUGCACAUCUCCCGAGCGCUGUGUCCCACGUGCGCCGUGCCCCCGCGGCUGGUGAGCGCGGUCACCUGGCUGGGCUACGUCAACAGCGCCCUCAACCCCGUCAUCUACACCAUCUUCAACGCCGAGUUCCGGACCGUCUUCCGCAAGGCUCUGCGCCUCUGCUGCUGA